AUGCCUUCCAACAUAUUAAAGAAACUUCAUAUUACAAAGCUGAACCAUAGCAAUAGCUCCACUCAAACAACAAUAGAAAAUAGUCACCCAGCUGAAAUAGUAGUAAACCACGCCGACACACCGGAACAAAUGGAAUACAUAAGUCACCAAUUGGAACAACAACAGCAGCAAGCACAAGCCCAAGUACAGGAGCAACAAGAAAAAAUGAUUCAAUUACAAUCUCAAAAUGCCACUACACAGCAGCCUGCUGUUACUCAAUCUGUGCCUCAGGAACUUACCAUAGAGCAACAAAGAGCCAAUGAGGCCAUUCAAAGAUCUCUUUUACCACAGAGAUCGACUGUAUCCAAGGGGAAAUACUCCUUAACAGAUUUCAGUAUCAUGAGAACUUUAGGUACGGGGUCCUUCGGUAGAGUUCACUUGGUACGCUCAGUUCACAAUGGACGUUAUUACGCUAUUAAAGUCUUGAAGAAGGCGCAAGUUAUUAAAAUGAAACAGGUUGAGCACACGAAUGAUGAAAGAAGAAUGUUAAAGUUGGUUGAACACCCAUUCCUUAUCAGAAUGUGGGGCACAUUCCAAGAUUCGAAGAACUUGUUUAUGGUUAUGGAUUAUAUUGAAGGUGGUGAGUUAUUCUCAUUAUUAAGAAAGUCUCAAAGGUUCCCUAACCCUGUAGCCAAGUUUUAUGCCGCUGAGGUGACGUUGGCAUUAGAAUACUUACAUUCACAUGAUAUCAUUUAUCGUGAUUUAAAGCCUGAAAACAUUUUAUUAGACAGAAAUGGUCAUAUCAAGAUUACCGACUUCGGGUUUGCUAAGGAGGUCUCUACAGUGACAUGGACUUUAUGUGGUACUCCAGAUUAUAUUGCACCUGAAGUUAUCACCACUAAACCUUAUAAUAAAUCUGUAGAUUGGUGGUCAUUGGGAGUUCUUAUAUUUGAAAUGUUAGCUGGUUACACACCGUUUUACGAUUCCACCCCUAUGAAAACGUAUGAGAAGAUUCUACUGGGUAAAAUCCAUUUCCCAAGUUUUUUCGGGCCAGAUGUCAUAGAUUUAUUGUCAAGGUUAAUUACUGCUGAUUUAACGAGAAGAUUGGGUAAUUUGAGUAACGGUCCUGCGGAUAUUAGAAACCAUCCUUGGUUUCAGGAAGUUAUUUGGGAGAAAUUGUUGGCAAAGGACAUUGAAACACCUUACGAGCCUCCAAUUACUGCUGGUGUUGGUGACUCUUCCUUGUUCGACCAUUAUCCAGAAGAGCAAUUAGAUUAUGGUACAGUUGGUGACGAUCCUUACGGACAUUACUUUGUUGAAUUUUAG